CUUCACCCAUCUCAACACUCACAAGAUGAUUCGCGUGGUGCUGCUGCUGCUGUGUGCCAUUUCCGCCUUGGCUGAUAAGCCCGCCCCCUCCUACGGACCCCCUCCCCCCUCUUACGGACCCCCUCCCCCCUCUUACGGACCGCCUCCCAAGCCUUGUUAUCCUGAGAUCAAAUAUGUGACACGUUAUCAAACGCAGAUCCAGCAGGUACCCGUAUACGAGACAGUGUACCAGCCCCAGAUCGUGCCAACUACCCUGUACCAGACCCAGUACCAAACCAAGUACCAGACGCAGGUACAGAGCCACUACAUUCCCCAGUACAUCACCACCACCAAGUACCAGCCCCAGUAUAUCACCCAAACCGCCUACCAGACCCGCUACCAAACAAGAUACCAGACCCAGUACGUCACCCAGACCCAGUAUCAGCCACAGUACGUCACCGAGACGCUGUACCAAACCCAGUACCGCACCAAGACCCAGGUCCAGUACGAAACCCAGAUCCAGUACCGCACCCAGCACGUCACGCAGACCCAGUACCAAACCCAGACCCAGUACCGCACCCAGUACGUGCCCCAGUACAAGACGGUGGUCGAGACGAAGCAGAGCUACGUCACCGUCUGCCCGAAGAAAGGCUACUACUGAGAAACCGUUUGGUGAACAACAAACGGCGUUCUCGUCUUUGUAUCAGAAUUCUUCUUUUGUAUGCUGUCUCUUGCUUAUCCGAAACCUCAAUAUUUCUUCCCGAUUGAUACUGCAAAUGUUGUUGAUAUUGAUCCAGUCUAAAUAACUUCUCUUCUUAUUUUUAUAUAUAUAUAUUUUUUAACAUCUUUCCUAAAGAAAUGUCAUAUUUAUCACAAGUUCACAUUUUGUUCUCAUCCACGUUUUUUUUAAUCUUUUGUAUAUAUGUAAAAAGGAACCGCUCAUUGCUCACGAUAAUGUAAAAGACCGUCUUUUGUUUUUUGGCGCUUCAACGUAACAUUUUUUUUUCUUCUCUCUGCACUCAGGUUAAUGUCUGUAUAAUAUUUUUUCAAUACCUCUUGUAUAUCUUUUAUCCAGGAUUUUUACUCUGUAGAUGAUGAAUUUUGACAUGUUUCUCUUAAUAAAACGUAAUAUAUACUUAGUUACAAAAA